CUGGGAGGGAGGGGACAGCGCCGAGUUGCGCUGAGUGGGCACCAGGGGCCGGGUGCACGGUCCUGAACCCGAGGCGGGCGGUGGGUCUGCUGCCCGCGUAGGCGGACAGGCUCUCCUAGGACGCUUCGUCCCUUCCGAGCGUCAGGACAUUUGGAACCCGUGUGUAGAGAUAGCGGACCUUGCGCCAUCGGCCCUGGACAUUCACCGGGCAUAGGAGGCAACGCCAGGAACUAGAAGCCCCAGGUGAAGGGAUACAGCUCUGGUCCUCAGGCUUGCUGACUAGGGCUAACUUAGUACCGCUGUCCAGAAAAGCACCUGCCAAUUUAGCGCGCCCUGACUGUGAUUAUGUUCUUGAGAGCUGCAUUCCUGCUCUGGUCCUGACCCAGCAGCUUGACAUCUAUGCCCACCCCCAUGCAUCGGAGGCAUUGAUAACCUGGGGAUAAGCUAACUUUAAAGAACUAUAAAUUAAUCCUAUUGGAACGGCUCUGAAUGUGUCCUGAGGUCACUCCAUGCAUAGGAGGACCAGGCACUAUCUCUGAGCGUGCAAGGAGAUACUAUUAAUAAUUACACCGAGGGUACAGUCACAUUACCCUUAACCUGUCAUGUAGGUCUUUGAAGAACUACCACAAGGUCCAGAUAUCUAAACUAGAACCUCUGGUGUCUCCCAGGGUACAGUGUAUCACAGUAGACUCGGUGUCCCCGUGACUUCUUCUUCAUGAAGAAGGUUGAGACACAUUCACCUAAUGUGAGGAGGGUACAUGGGGAUUUAGGUCAGGAUGUGUAGGCUCAGCAUGUGCAAGGGAGUGAAUAAAUAGUAUGCGCCAAGUUGGGAGGGGGAUGGCUGGGCAUUCUCUCCUCACCCACCAUAUCCUAGCAUGACUCCCCCCUUUAAUGACCCAAACAUACUGAGACAUAUCAAGGCCAAGCUUCUGGGGGAGUAGAAGACCACAGAUCUCCAGAGUAAGUGCUCACAUGUGAGUUUUCUGUUUUCCUUAAACCUGCCCUAGCCACUUGCUCCUGCCUGCAGCCUCCUAGCUUCCCAGCAGCCCCAGCUGUCCUGACCCAGCAGCUGGACAGUCAACCUACAAGUCGGGCUGGCCAGUACUGGGUUACGUGUCCCUGAGCUCUCAAAGGCCCCAGCCCAGGACUCCAAGCACCGCAGAGGCUUCAAAGAGCAGAGAGAAGUGGUUGAGUUUUUUGUCUGGUUUGAGAUAUUGCUGAGAGAGCCCCCUCAUCCUAAGACAAAGCACAGUAACAAGGACCAGACAGCCUGUGCAUCCCAAUGUCCACCCCAGAGGCCCUCACCCAUACCAACAGGAGGAGUGGCUAGGAGUUUCCCCAUUUGAAUCAGGACCAGAGUAAACCUAGCAAAGGACUGCUGUGAUCAGGGCAAAUAUGACAAGAAGAAUAAAAAUAACCACCAGGGCCGUGAUAAGAUCUGUGGCUUUGAGCGCUUCCCUGCAGGUGAAGCCACACCCAGUUUGUUUAAAAGCUGAGGUUAUCAGGAGCCCAGAUGGGGGUGCACGCCUACAGUUCUGAGUUUGCCCCUCGUUCUGGAGACACCUCUAUCUAUUGUUAUUUUCCCCCACCGCCUCCCAAUGUCGUGUUUGUGGUUGAGGCUAUAGGUCCCAAACUGCGUUAGUCAGGGAAAAGUCCAAGUUAACAAACUGUGAGCAAGAAUAAGUUCCGUCUUCCUCCGGGACACCCAGGGUCCAUAUAGGCACCCUGCCUGCUCCAAGGCAGAAGUAAUUUGGUUUCAGUCUAUGUGCCCCACCCCACCCCCAGCUUUAGAGACAGGGUGCUGCUUUUAUGUGUCUGAGGCAAGCAGGCUGUCUGCUCCAAGCUUGCUCCUCUGCACACAGAGAUAGGGGGCUGAGCCUGGCCCAUGCUCCUUCCUCUGCAUUGUGAGCUUGGAGAGCAAAAGGCUGUGAGAAUCCAAACCACUCACGUGCGUGCGUCAUUCCGUUUUCUUAUCACAGGCCAGGAAGGCAGAGGAGUGGUUACAGGAAUCAGCCUGCCACAGCCUCUGCCUUCCCGAGCAGUGAGUUCCUACGGCUCAGUGUUGUUUGCCAAGACUUCUGAUCAUCACUACAAAGGGAAAUAAAAUCAACAUCUAGAAGUCAUUUUUGAAGCACUUAGUUUUAAAACACGCAGCCAAAGUUGAGUCUCCUGGCACACAGAAGCAGGUCACCUUAUACCAACCCAUCAGGCCUACAGUACAGCAGCGGAUGGCCUACUGUGAGUGUCUGCAUAUAAAUCUGAACGUGGAAGGAGUUAGGGCAUGACCACAGUCCCGUACCCGGGGCACCAAGCCCAGUCUGUGUCUUCAUUCACACGUCUUCCCCAUCUGCAGAGAUGGUGUCACCCAGUGCCUGGCUGGGGGCCUGAGGUAUUCCCAAAGGUGCACUCAAAGAUCCACCAGAUGAACGGGGAGCAAGGACCUAGGUAGGCCAGGACCUGCAAUGAAGACCUGGGGUGUUUUUCCCCUUCCUCGCUCUCUUUUUCAUGGUAUUGGGGAGGGAAUGCAGGACCUCAUUGAGCAUGGUAGGCAAAUGGUCCACUGCUGAGACACGGGACGCUCCCUGGGGGAUUCUAGGCAGAUGCUCUCCUGCUAAGCCACACCUCCCAGCCCUCUGUUUACUUUGAGACAAGGUCUCUCCCAGGUUGCCCAGGCUGGUCUUGUAUUAUUACACUGCAGCCCAGACUAACUUUGAACUUGGACUCUUCCUGCCCCAGUCUUCCUCUAGGUAGGAUACCUAGCUUGUGCCAUCACGCCUGGUGGACGGAUGGUGCCAGCCUAAGUUGUGAAGCAACAGGCUACAGAGAUUCCCCUGAACAACAGAUGAUGCGAUUUCCUGAUUAACAGGCAAGACAUGAAAUAUGGAGUGUUGAAUGAGUCUGCUCCAGCCACGUAGGAACAGGAGGGUCUGGGUCUACUAGCACUGUCUGGGGGCUGUUGCCUCUGGGGCUGCUUCUGGCCGCCUAGCGUCACAGGAAACCACUAUUUUUUACUCAGUGUGGCCAUGCUGUUGCUAGAGAAAUCCACUAGCAAUGAACUAACUUAGACCUCGUGAACUUGUUUUAAAUAAGGCAUAAAAAAAGAUGUCAGUGUCUCAUCUUUAAAUGCUCUGACAGACCAGCUGAGAAUGGACUCUGGUCCUUGUCAAUUGUGACCAUGAGCAGGGUCACUGCUGUGCAUUUGCUGAGCAGGGAACCCCGUGAGGGGUCCAAGUAGCACAGAGCCUCAAGAAUUUUAAGUUACAAGCGGAAAACACCCCCCCCCACACACACACAGCUACUUCCUUCCCAAUUCCACAUGCCUUAGAAAGCAGUGAACUCAGGCCAGUGGAGCCCAUUGUUUACCCUGUAGUUUAAUACUAGAGAAACGUCAGUGCGCUCGCUGUAUCCUCAUCAAGCUCCAAGCCAGAGCAGACUAUAUCUGCAUAGCCUCUGCUGCCCACCUAAUGGCCGUACUGGAGAAAGCCAGGUCCCCGGAGUGAAUUCUGGAAAGUCUUGACAUUUGCCCCUGUAGCCACACCCCACCCCUCCCUGAUAGCUCACGUGCAGUGUGUCUCUUGGGUCCAUGUGCUCUCAUGCCCGCCCGCCCUCCGUUUCCCCUUCCCAUGUGUCAGUUGACACAGAGUCCGAGCGAAAGGUCACAGACCAGCUUCUGUUGCUCCGAUGACAGCUAGGAAAAAGACUAGAGAUCUGUGCCCAGUGCUUCUGAGGCUUAGAAAGCACUCUUGAUGCCCUACCCCGGACACCCAAGCUUGGGGGAGUUUCUAAGUCUACAUCUGGGGAAACUGAGGGACAGGAUGGCAACAAUCUGUCUAAUCAGAGGGGCAUAGUCUGUAGGCAGAAGGGCUGGCAGGAAAGCCUCAGCCCCUGUGCCUGUCUGUCACAGGAAGAGGGGCUGAGCUUCCCAAGAGCUCCCAGCAGGGGCUCCCAGUCUCACUACCCCUAUGUCCAUUUCAACUCUUCUCCUGGGUGCAGCAUACAUCGGGCCACAGGUGUAAUCAACACCUGUAGGUAAGGACGCUAUUUAGAGCUUGACACAGUGGCCUAUGCCUGUAAUCCCAACACGCAGGAUUGGCUGAGGCAGUGGGGUCAUGAAUUCAAGGCAUGCCAGGCCUUCAAUAUUAAACCCUGUUUAAAACAACGACAGAAUAAUCUUCUAUUUUAAACUUGCACAACCAUGCCUAAGUACCCUGAUGUGGCAUGUUGGGGACAUAGAGGCCCUAGGUUCCCUGUGGGGACAGCGUCCACUGCAACUUGGGCUGUACAGAAGGGCAGACCUCACAGGGUGAUGUUCCCCUCAGACCUGCCUGGACCCAGCUCUGAGCGAGGACCUGUUGAUUGGCAGCACAGUGCCACAGUGAUCUGGGCACGUGCGUUGAGACUGUCUACAGUGAGCCAGCUAUAAUGGACAUUCUUGGAAUCCCAGGACUUAGGCAGCUGUAGCAGGAGAAUCACAAUCUGAGGCCAGCCUGAGCUACGUAGUGAGACCUUAGUCUCAACAGAAUCCAAGACCCCAAAGUUAUGUUCUCAGGUCCGAGAGCGAGAUGGUAAACUCCUGACCUGGACAGUACUUCUCGGAACUUCAAGGCAUCCGAAUAUAGUUAUGUUCUUGCGGAGGACCCCGUCUUGCAGGUCUCUGUGGUCUAGGAUGCAGACGAGGUUUCCUUUCUUUAGUGCUCCUGGAUAGCCCAGAAUGAUGGGGAAGAGGGGAAGCCCACUGGAGAAUCUUCCCUUAGGCAUCCCAGCCUUCCACAUUGGAGGGCACUGGGACCCACAGCCAAGUCCUCAGAAGGCCAAGGGUGGUGUCUGAGGGAGAGAGAACCACCACCUAGGUGCCCACCAGCCUGCUCAGAUCCAGGUACUAAUUAGGCCACACCAACCAGGAUGGAGGCAGUGCUCAUUACCGGGCCAUUCUGUCAGGCUUGGAAGGGUAGUGAACAGGUUGGCUGAGGUCAUCCUAGAGUUAGCUAGGCAGCUUGGGCAGGAAACAGGAAUGGAGAGUUCUUCCCUGGGGUCUAUUCUGAGCUGCCACCCUGGCUGGGGUAGGACUGUCUUUGUACCCACUGUCAUUCCUUCUAUCAAAACCUUGUUCAGGUCCCACGGCAAACGUCAGUGCCAUCUAGACUUGUUACACACAAGGAGAGCCUCCUUGUCCUGAUCUCAGUCCUCCCUGACACCUGUGCUCUGCUCCUCACUUUGCUGCUUUGUGGAUGGAGGAGACUGAGAGGCUAUCAGCUGAGGGGUUCAGCUAAGUGGGGAUUAUCUCUGCUCUCACACACAGCCAGGUGUCCCCUGCUCCUGUAAGGCUGGCCUCUUUGUCCUUUCCUUAGUCUUCUGCUAACCUCACAUGCUGGAACCUUAAGACCCUUCCCCUGGGGUUGUACCACUGUUGCUAGUCUGUGUGUGUGUGUGUGUGUGUGUGUGUGUGUGUGUGUGAGAGAGAGAGAGAGAGAGAGAGAGAGUGUGUGUGUGUGUGUGAGAGAGAGAGAGAGAGAGAGUGUGUGUGUGUGUGUGUGUGUGUGACAGAGACAGAGACAGAGACAGAGAGACAGAGAGAGAGCACCAACAUCGUCCAUAUCCCCUUCCACUGUUCUCUGUUUAUUUCUGAAGUUUCACUGAAGCUGGAGCUCAGUGAUUCAUCUAUGGGCUGGCCAGCAAACUCUGGGAGUCUGUCUCUGCUUCCCCAGUGCUAGAGUUACAGACAUACACAGUCUCCCCAGCAUUUCAUAUAAACGCUGGGUCAGGUCCUCGCUUUACCAACUGAUCUACCUCACCCCCUUCCCCUUUUAUGAUUGUAAUUAACAAAAGUCUGACAGAGGGCAAGUGAAUCACUGUAUCAUUAAUGAGUUCAUUAGCAAGCUAACUGCUCUUCUUGGGUAGCCUAAGGCCUGUGUGGUCCUGGCUCCUUUGUCCUCUUAGCUGAGGUUCCCCGUGCUUGAAUGAGGGGGUGCCCAGAAUGAGGGACACGUUGACCCUCUGUCCUGGCAAAGUUGGGAGUGAGUUUGGGGCUCGUGUUGGCCAGAGCCUGAGCUGGUAGCACCUCCCAUGACGAUGUAGAUACAGAACGAGAGUGUGUGGGCUGCCACAGUACCCUCUGGGAGACACAUCUGGGGUCGGUGGAGCCUGAAACCAGCAGGCCAGCUGCGGGGAGGCUGGGCUUUCUGAGACAGAGAGGUCAGAAGAAACCAAGAGCCCCACUGACGGUGUGAGGGCCACUCAGAGCUGGCAGAAGGACUUAGCAAGGUUGGACUAUGAUUGAGAGGAGCCUGUAGCUGCCAAGUUAAGAUUGGCAGCCAUCAGGAAGAACAGGGCAUUGAACAGGAGACAGAGUCAUGGGCUGGCCUGGCUUCAGAGGGGUGACUUGGUGCUGUGUCUGAAGACUGUGCAAACCAAAGGAGACCUGGGUAGGCAGGAAUUGUGGGGGAGGACUUCGGGUAUGGGAGCAGCCAGGAGUAGGAAUGGAAUAAAGGAGGUGUGAUAAGGGUAGGGUCUGGAAUGAUGAGGAGAGAGGGAAAGGGAGAGGGAGAGGGAGAGAGAGGAGAGAGAAGAGAGAGAGAGGAGAGAGAGAGAGAGAGAGAGAGAGAGAGAGAGAGAGAGAGAGAGAGAGAUGGCCGAAACGUGGGGGACAGGUGGGGUGUUUCUGGCAACACAGGGCACCCACAAGCAUGGGCUGGGCUAGUGGGCAGUGUUUUGUGACUAGAGGAAAUGUUUUCUCCGUGGUCUGCUGAAGAGGGGCUGGCAGCAGUUGGCAGGGCCCCAGAAGUUGGGUCAUUAAUGAAUUGUACUCACUCAGGCAGCUUUGGGCAGAAUGUGACACGUGCUGGGGGCAAGUGCUGGCCUCCACCUCUGCUGUCUCUAUGUUGCUGCAUAGGGGGCACCUCCCUGGAGCCUACCCUAUUAUUGGACAAACUCAAGCAUCACCUGACAGGCGCAGGUCUCAGUGGAGACCACCAGACGAUUUCUUCCCAGCCUCCCACUGGUUUCUGAUCCAGUUUCUCAGGAAGGAAAUUACCAGAUGGCCUGGCUAACUGGAAAGACAGCCUAGCCCAGGUCAGAGGGUGGAAACCAUGUCAUUGUUCACUGACUACAGGAAGUCCACCUUCUCCAGCAGCAAGGAAAAGAACAGGAAAGAAGAUGCAGGGAGACAGGAACCCUUGGAAGCCUAGCUGCGAAGCUGGGGUGAGCUGCCAUGUGGAGCUGUGGCCCACUCAACAGCACAGCGUGGGCUGAGGAGCCGCUGUGCCGGAACCUGCGCCUGGGGCUGUGGGUCCUCUCACUGUUCUACCUGGGGGCAGGUGUCCCUGUGGGCUUAGGCUACAAUGCUCUUUUGGUGCUGGCCAAUCUGGCCAGCAAGAACAGCAUGACCAUGCCUGAUGUGUACUUCGUGAACAUGGCUGUGGCGGGGCUGGUGCUCACAGCACUGGCACCUGCGUACCUGCUGGGUCCUGCCCACUCCAGGUGGGCCCUGUGGAGCCUCAGCAGCGAGGCCCAUGUGACACUGCUCAUCCUGUUCAACGUGGCUUCCCUGGUGACCAUGUACUCCACUGCACUGCUGAGUCUUGACUACUACAUCGAGCGUGCCCUGCCGCGUACCUACAUGGCUAGUGUGUACAACACCCGGCACGUGUGUGGCUUCGUCUGGGGAGGGGCAGUGCUCACCAGCUUUUCCUCCCUGCUCUUCUAUAUCUGCAGUCAUGUGUCUUCUAGAAUUGCCGAGUGUGCCCGGAUGCAGAACACGGAGGCAGCCGACGCCAUCCUUGUGCUCAUUGGCUACGUGGUGCCAGGUCUGGCUGUGUUGUAUGCCCUGGCACUCAUCUCAAGGAUUGGGAAGGAAGACACACCCCUGGACCAGGACACCAGCAGGCUGGACCCCUCAGUGCACAGGCUGCUGGUGGCCACUGUGUGCACACAGUUUGGCCUCUGGACACCUUACUACCUGAGCCUGGGGCACACAGUGCUAGUGUCACGGGGAAGGACCGUGGAGGGGCAUUAUCUGGGCAUCCUACAGGUUGCUAAGGACCUGGCAAAGUUCUUGGCCUUCUCAAGCAGUUCUGUGACGCCGCUGCUCUACCGUUACAUCAACAAAGCCUUCCCCAGCAAGCUCCGGCGCCUGGUGAAAAAGAUACACUGUGGGCGCCGCCACUGCUCCCCCGACCCUGCGGGGAUACAGCAGGUGAUGGCCCAGGCGUAGCUGACCCUCUCUGGGCCGACGUCCAAGGAGAGGGCCUGACCAUGAGGAACACUAAAACUCAACUGGACGCAUAGCACUUUGUUCCCCAAGCACAUGGUGCUUCCAACCCAAAAGACACGCCGAAGCCAGAGUAGCACAGCAGGGCAUUUCUCUUGACAUUUUCUGUGUUUUCCCCUAAAAGACCAAUCUUGGUCUUAAGCUGCAUUGUGGAAAGCAGAGGUGCCUUCUGUGAAGAGGCUGCUUCUAACUAACCCUCACCAUCCCACCCACGGUGUGUGCCUUUCUCCCAGGGGCAUCUUCAAGGUCCAUGUCCUCAAAAGCAGGCUGACCUUUGGUUUCCCUGAUAUUUGGACUUUCUAAAUGAAGCGAUGAAAUCUAAAGCCAGUAUUUAUACUCCAUAUUGAUAUGAUACUUGAUUCUCCUAUUAUUUUUUUAAAUAGAAAGAAGUGUUAGAAAAAUACCUAGUAUUAAGAAGAAGGCAGUUCAGGGGAACACGGCUGUCGCAAAUACCAGUGUUACAGCUUGAGGACAGGACAGUGUGUCAAACCUGUGGCAGCUCCACAGCCACUGCUGACAGUGACAGCUAUGGUGCACUGGCCCUGUCCCCACCCACACAUCUGGCACCUCUCCUCUACUGCGUGAGGAUCUUAGUAUAGGUCUGUCUUCCCAAUGCUUCCACAUAUGCACAUAAAUAAUGGAAGGAAAAGUGUGUUCUCUUAGUGCCAGCGGUCUUCCAGAGAUCUGGAUGUGGUAAAGUGUUAGCCAGGCAUGGAAGGGAAAGGCAGGAUGGUAUGAGGCUAGGCGCUCCAAGAUGACAAGGGACUGGCAUCCAGGGAAAGCCCAGCUUGGCCAGUCCCACACGGCUGUGGGGUGGUUCGCAAUGAGGCUCACCUCUCACAGGUUCCUCUGGGCCUUUUACCAUCCUUGUGUUUGGUGAUUAUUUACUCUAACGUGGGCAUGAAAAGAAGUCCCACACCAGCCUUGUCUAGGUUACAUGGCAGUCCACAAGUCCCUGCUCCUAGUUCUAAAGAUCUCCAUGUGACCAUCUAACCUGACAGCCUCUACAGAAGGCCAGUGUGUGAUCCAUAGCCGGUGGCCUUCCCACAUGGUUCCAGGGCUGGUCCUGGCUGCUCCGAGUCGGUAACUUUAGUUUUAUCUAUUCUAUGCAAACUAUAUCUUCUUGGAUGGUGACUGCUCCAGUUAAUCUGCCUUAAGGAGAAUUAGGGAGAAACAUGAGGCCCUCAGCUCAUGAAUAAACCAAAGGGCUGGGUUAGACAGGCGUCUUCAGAGUUGCUUAUGGCUGAAGAAUUUUGAGGACUUUAAAGUGGCAAUGCCUGAUUUUCCUACCAUUCCCCCAGGCGCACAGCUGAGUGAGGGCUCUGAGGCUUCCCAUCCUGAUGGCCAUACUGAACACCUUAAUGCUUGCCAAAGAAACAAGAACCCUCACCAUGAAUAAUCUAGCUAGGCCUGGCCUACAGGCCCGCUAUAAUUGUCCUAUGGGUGAGAGCAAGCCCAGGGACCAAGGUCAAGGCAAGCAAAAGGCAACCUAAACUCUGUGGGUCACAGAGGAAACAGGAUUCUGGUGGGCAGGGCUGUUUGCAGUGUCAGGUCCCAGUUCAACGGUCUUUGCCCUGUGGACCAUUUUGCACCCUUUGCUACAAGCAGAGGUCCAGGGGAGGGGCAGACCCCAGGUCUAGGGGUUCUAUGCCCUGGAAUCCUCACCCCAGUCACCCACAAGCAAGGUGGGGGAGGCCCAAAUCAUGUUCCUCUGCUGUACCUUCUCAGUGGCCUUAGGUACAGACUGGCUAGGUUCUUGGGGACCUGUGAGGGAUUGGAAGCCAGGACCAGAGCUGUGAGAAUGAGAUCAACUGUAUGGCUACUUGCUGCAGGGAUAACAGUGGAGACCCAGAUGCCUACCUGGGUCUUCCUGGUGGGGCCACACAUCACCAGAGUAGUGGCCAUCUGCAGUGCUGAUCCCUUUGCUGUAGAGACCCCUGGAGUGAUGCACCCUUCCACCCGGGGCCCCAUUCCCACCCCCACCAGCCUCCUCCUUACCCCAGCUUUCCAUCACAGCCGCCCACGCUCUGUAGGCCCUGGGCUCGGAUGUUUGCUGUCUGUGAUCCUGUGCUAAGUUCACUGUGUGUCUCCAGGGUCUGCCUCCCAAUUCUGCCCUGCACCUUGCACCUUCCAAAGUAGGAGAGAACCUAAACCACACAGAGGUUACUGCGUGCGUGCGUGCGUGCGUGCGUGCGUGCGUGCGUGCGUGCGUGUGUGUGUGUGUGUGUGUGCGUGCGCGCGCGCGCAGCUGUGCUUUCUUGCGUGAGUUUAAGACUUCCCCAAGGCAUACUCUUCCCCAAGGCUUGUUAGUUUGGCCGUUGACACCGUCUUGAUGGUUUUAUUUACAACGAAUGUUCUUAUUUUCAUUCACUCAUAAGAAAGCUUGCUGUGCGUCAUUAUUCAGGAUCCCAGAAAGGGACCUUUUUCUUGGGUUUCCUUCACAAUGCCACAUGACGCGACAUAGGAAACCAUUGCUCACUGGAGCAGAUAUGCCCAGGAACCACCAGACACCUCUUCUGUAGAGAAAGCUUUCAGCAAAGGUCAGGCCAGAGAGAACUUAGGACAAUAAACUGCGUGUCUGGUUUUGGGUUUUGAAGCCUGUGGGAAGAUGUGGGUGUUCUCACUCCUUUCCUACAGGAUAUACCCCAGUGGCUGGGUCCAUUUGCCGAAAUUCUGUGAAUGUGAAAAAGAAACUACUGAUGAGAGUCACACUUCUGAAGACUAUUAAAUUAUUUAACACUCAUCA